AUGAUCAAGCCCUAUUCCGAUGAUUUGCGCGAACGUGUUGUUGCUGCAGUUGGCACCGGGGAAAGUUGCCGGUCUGUCGCCGCCCGUUUUGGCGUUGCGGUUUCUUCGGUUGUGAAGUGGUCGCAACGCUCGAGGUCCACGGGGUCGGUCACACCAGAUCGAAUGGGUGGCCGGCGUCCUGUCAUUCUCAAUGCGCACAGGCAAUUUGUUCUUGAACAGUUUCAGCAGACUCCGCACCUGACCGUGCGGGGUCUGCAAGCGCUUUUGGCCGCACAAGGCGUACAGGCUCGGGCUGCGGUCGCCCGUCAGCGGCAGCGCUGGAAGUCCUGGCAGGCUUGGCUCGAUCCAUCGCGGUUGGUGUUCAUCGAUGAGACGUGGAUCAAGACCAAUAUGGCGCCCCUGCGUGGAUGGGGUCCAAAAGGGCGGCGGCUCAAGGGCUAUGCGCCGCACGGCCAUUGGCGCACCAUGACCUUCCUGGCCGGAUUGCGCAUGGACGGCCUGACGGCGCCCUGCGUGUUCGAUGGCCCAAUCAACGGGCUCUCGUUCCGCGCCUAUGUCGAGCAGGUCCUGAUCCCCACGCUCAAGCCGGGUGACAUCGUCAUUCUCGACAAUCUGGGCAGCCACAAAAGCAAGGCCGUGCGGGACGCCAUUCGCGCCGCGGGCGCGCGCCUAUGGUUCCUGCCGCCCUACUCACCGGACCUCAACCCCAUCGAGCAGGUCUUCGCCAAGAUCAAGCAUUGGAUGCGUAUAGCGCAACAACGCACGAUCGAAGAAACAUG